AUGGAGGACACAGCAACUCUCAGUGUAACCAAACCAAUCCGUUGCAUUGUUAAACUUGGAGGUGCAGCAAUUACUUGCAAGAAUGAGUUAGAGAAGAUAAAUGAAGAAAAUGUUGAGAUUGUUUCCUCACAGCUAAGGGAAGCUAUGAUUACUGGGUCUAGCUCCCGAAAGGUUCCUGGGAUGGAUUGGAGCAAGAGACCUGGAAAAUCUGGAAUUUCUUGUGAUGCUGAUGAUUUUGAGGAUCAAACCUUGGAUUCUAGCAGUUUUAUUGUUGUUCAUGGAGCAGGUUCUUUUGGGCACUUUCAGGCAAGCAAAUCAGGGGUUCAUAAAGGUGGAUUGAACCAAACACUUGUGAAGGCUGGUUUUGUUGCCACACGCAUUUCCGUUACGACUCUUAAUCUUGAAAUUGUUCGAGCGCUAGCCAGAGAGGGCAUUCCUUCUGUUGGAAUGUCUCCUUUUUCAUGUGGAUGGACAACCUCUGAGAGAAAUAUGGCAUUGGCUGAUUUAUCAAUGGUAGCUCAGGCAAUUGACUCUGGAUUCAUACCUGUCUUACAUGGAGAUGCUGUACUUGAUGAUUUGCAGGGAUGCACCAUAUUGAGUGGUGAUGUUAUUAUACGUCAUCUUGCAGCCUACUUGAAGCCUGAAUAUGUUGUUUUCCUGACAGAUGUUUUGGGUGUCUACGAUCGUCCACCUUCAGAACCUAAUGCAGUGCUCUUGAGGGAGAUCGCUGUGAGUGGAGAUGGGAGCUGGUCUGUUGUGAAACCAACACUUGAGGACAUGAAUAAGCAAGUUGAAAUAACCGUAGCAGCCCACGAUACAACUGGUGGAAUGUUGACCAAGAUAUCAGAAGCUGCUAUGAUUGCAAAACUUGGAAUCGACGUCUACAUUGUGAAGGCAGCAACAACCCAUUCUUCAAGGGCUUUAAGUGGAGAAGUGAAAGGCGCUAUUCCUGAGGAUUGGCUGGGGACCGUCAUUCGGUUUGUUGGCAAAGCAAAUAGUACUUGCUGA